AUGUCGCGCUUCAACAAAGCUCUCGUGACCCUUGCGGUCUUCGUGGCUCUUGGAACUCUCUCAACCGCCUACGGGUUGGCCAUCAUGGGCCCAACCGUCGGGCAAGAUACCUUCUUUACGUACUUUAAUCUUACACCGAUGGAUGAGGCAGGGUACGGACGUACUGCUAGAGUCUUAUCGAAGUUGAACGGCGCCAAUUUUGGCGGUGCAGUUAUCGGCGCUGGCUACAGCGCUUGGUCCGCAGAAAGGUUCGGAAGGAAGAUAACGAUCCAAGCCGGUUGUCUCUUGACCAUCAUCGGCGGCGCUCUCAGCUCUGGCGCCCAGACCAUGACCAUGCUCAUCGUGGCACGCGCAAUCACUGGCGUGGGUGCUGGAGUCCUUGCCGCUGUUGUUCCAAUGUAUCAGUCCGAGCUCGCACCUGUAAAGAUUCGCGGAGCCAUGGUGUGCAUCACUGGAGUCACAUAUGCCUUUGGAUACCUACUUGCUGGCUGGACAGGAUAUGCAUGUUCAUUCAUCCCUCCAUCGUCAUCCCACGGGAGUGCUGCUUGGCGAUUCCCGCUCGCGCUCCAGUGUUUACCCCCAGUCAUCGUUCUGCUGGGCUCCAACAUCAUUCUAGAAUCACCGCGGUGGUUGUUGAGGCAAGACAAGAGCGACGAGGCCAAGCGGGUCGUUGUCCACGUGAACGCCUCGAAGCAUGACGCAUCUGAUGACACAUCCGAACAAUCGGCGGCAAGUCAAGAGUUCGAAAUGAUGGAAGAGCAAUAUGAAGCUGAAAAGCGGUCAACUAGUCACCGCCGCUUCGAGAUAAUUCGCACGCCAGGCAACAUACGGAGGCUGUUCAUCACGACAACUCUAUUCCUCGGCAACCAGUUCCUCGGGAUCUACGUCUUGAGCAACUAUUCUGUGAUCAUCUACAGAAGACUUGGCCUCACCAACCAUGACCCGCUUCUAUUGAACGCCUGCUGGACGAUACUGUGUGUUAUCGGGAAUUGCGUUAAUGCGGCCAUAAUUGACAAGGUCGGUCGGAGACCGCUUCUGCUCAUAGGCUGCACGGGUUGUACUUUAUGCCUCAUUGGCGAGGCUACAUUGACAGCAUUGUUUGGUGGGGAGGACAACCAGAGCGCCCUGAUCGGACUUGUGUUUUUCAUCUGGCUAUACCCUUGCUUUUGGUCUCCGUGCAUGGAUGCCACGCAAUUCGCAUACGUAUCUGAGAUCUGGCCAGAUCCUUUAAGGGCACAGGGCGUAUCCCUUGGCCUUGUGGUCUUCUUUUUGUUCUCAGGAACGACGUUGGUCGUGGCUCCGAUCGCCCAAGAAACGAUUGAAUGGAGAUUCUAUCUCGUGUUGAUCUGCGUGUCGACAGCCUACGACCUGAUUAUCUAUAUCUGGUUCCCUGAGACAAAGGGCAAAUCGCAGGAAGAAAUUGCCGCCCUCUUCGAUCGGAAGCCGCGCGAACCGAUGGCCAAUAGUGCUGCUUCGCUCGGAAAAGCGACUGAGCGAGAGCGGCGGAUCGGAAGCGAUUCCAGUCUGAACUCUUCAGAGGCCUGCGCGGAGUCAAAGGGUUAUGAGCUUACAACCAUUUCACAUGAUGGUGAAUCUUCGAACCACGAAGACAACGACAAGCUGGCCCGGAUUCUGAAGGGAGCCCUCCGUGCCAUUCGUAAUCUUCGUUGGGAGAACAGGCAAGCGCAACAAUUAUCGGCAGUAUGA